CCGAAUCUAGCGUGAGAACCUCCAUUUUUCUCUGCUCUACGCGUUUAAAUUUAACUGUCCCGAUUCUGCCCUCGUAUCAUAUAAAAGUUUUUGCUCAAGGGUAGUUUUAUGUAAAUUAAAUUUUAUAGUUGGUUCUAUUAAUGGUGUGUGCAUCUUAAUCCAAAUCUAAGCCCAAAAUAUAUUCCCAUAUUGGGUUUUUCUAAUUUUUAAUAGAAAAGUUUCUGGGGAGUUUUGGGGAGUCGGGACCUGGCGAAGGUUUCGCCGUCAAAAUCUCUCCGGCGGCGGAGAGAGAGAGAGAGAGGAGACUGAAGCUGCUUUUAGGGUUUUUUGGUUGGGUUGGAAUUUGAAUUGGGAAAUUAGAUGAGUUCACGGAAGUUUGAGUUAUGAGCUGCUUCGGGUGGUUCAGUUCUCGCCGGAAAGAUGUCAGCAAGGUGGAGAUUGAUAACGGUACUGCUCGAUCCUCAGGUAGUGGGAGAGGAAGGGGACAGUUUGAUGAUAGUGAGAGUGGGAAGGGAAAAGGGAAGGGUGGCAACAGCGCACAAAAGAGUGUGGCACGGAGUUUUACUUUUCGCGAACUUGCAGCUGCCACUAAGGGGUUUAAGGAGGUGAACUUGAUUGGGGAAGGGGGCUUUGGAAGGGUUUUCAAAGGUCGGCUUGAAGCAGGCCAGGUUGUUGCAAUCAAACAACUUAAUCAUGACGGUCUUCAAGGAUUUCAGGAAUUCAUCGUGGAGGUUCUCAUGUUAAGCCUACUACACCAUACGAAUCUUGUUACCUUGAUAGGCUACUGUACUGAUGGAGAUCAAAGACUCUUAGUCUAUGAGUACAUGCCGAGGGGUAGCUUGGAAGAUCAUCUUUUUGAUCUGAAUCCUGAUCAAGAGCCACUUAGUUGGGAUACUCGAAUUAAGAUAGCUGUUGGUGCAGCACGGGGCCUAGAAUAUCUCCACUGCAAAGCUAACCCACCAGUUAUCUACCGUGACUUGAAAUCAGCAAAUAUAUUGUUGGAUGAUAAUUUCAAUCCGAAGCUUUCAGACUUUGGGCUUGCUAAACUUGGUCCUGUGGGAGAUAACACCCAUGUUUCAACCAGAGUUAUGGGAACCUAUGGAUACUGUGCACCAGAAUAUGCUAUGAGUGGCAAGUUGACUCUGAAAUCUGAUAUAUAUAGCUUUGGUGUGGUUAUGUUGGAGUUGAUUACUGGCAAGAAGGCAAUUGAUAGUUCUAAGAAGCAAGGGGAACAGAACCUAGUAGCUUGGUCUCGUCCAUUCUUAAAAGACCGAAGGAAGUUUGUCCAGUUAGUUGAUCCCUUAUUGCAAGGAAGCUUCCCUGUUCGUUGUUUGCAUCAUGCAGUUGCUAUUACUGCCAUGUGUCUUCAAGAACAACCGACUUUCCGCCCUCUUAUCAGUGAUAUUGUUGUAGCACUUGAGUACCUGGCUUCGCAGAACAACAAACCGAGCAAAUCUGGGGUUCAUAGUCCUAUUUCUUCAUCACCAUCGCAGCAGCACAGGGGUGCUUUUUCUCGGGAUUCGGAUUUCAGAAUGAGUUCAACUUCUAGCUAGACGUUAUUGGGAGCAACAUGCUGAAACACUCUGAUUGAUGUUGCUAGCCUUGGUGAGACUUGGAAGGAAAGAAACACCUGAUAACUUCCAGAUACCAAAUGUACACACAUAUGAAGAGUUGGUAUGUAAAUGCACAUGUAUGUAUAUAUUUACACUUGGGUUUGGAUAUGUGGCUUUUUUGAUGACUUAUAAUUCCUGUUCGUGUGGUUGUUUGAGUUAGAGAGCAUCUUCUGUUGUAGCCAAACUUCAUGUCAGUCAAAAGUACUGAGAAGUGAGAUUUUUGUUUUCCAUA